AUCUGGGUGCGAACGUCGGGUAUCAAUGCUUUAGGCCUUUGAAUUAGCACUUUCACGCAGCUCAGUGCUGCCUCGGGUCUGCCAAAUCACCAUUCUCACGCUCAGCUUGCACCCCCCACUGCAGAGAUCUGCUGCGGACACAGAUCGGCGAGUGGACCAAGGACAAUGCGAAAGUGGUGCCUACGGCGAGACACAACAGGGAGAAGCUCAGACGCUGCUGCCACUUUAGUGUUGCUGUAAAUCAGAGACACAGACCUGCCCUAUCCACGCAAUGGCUUCCAAGCACCGAUCGCAGGAUUCGUGGUCGUCGCGGGCGCGGAACUCGUUCGAUAGUCGGGCGCGGCCGCAGUUAGAUGCGCUGUCGGACUCGGUGGCGAAGAUACGGAUUGAAUCGUCGCCGUCGCGCUCGUCGUUCGUGCCUGACGAGACGUACAAUUACCUGAUCAAGAUCAGCAGUCUUACUUUCCAAACCACGCCGAAUCUGCCUUCCUCCACCGGCACCCACAACAACAAACCCAACGACUAUCCGUUUGUGCCGCUGAUUGCCGAGAUAUAUAAUCUUCCCGAAAGCCGGGUCGAGCGCGACGUUUAUGCCCUGUUGAGAACAGUCACGCCGGCAGAGUACAUCAACGACUUGAAGUUCCUCCUCGAGUGCAUGCGGACGGCCACGCGCCCUUCUGCAAGCGAGUUUUCUUCGGAAAAGGAUUUCAAGACAUGGUGCCGGUUCGAAAUCUCGGCGAUCAAUCAGAUCAUCCUGGGGAUCGUUCAGGGCGGCCUACAGAUCCUUCCGUCGAAUUCGGCCAAGCACUCGCUUGUGUUCAUUCCAGAAAAUCCGUCGACGAUAUACUUCCUAGUGCUCAAGAAGUGUUUAUCGCGAGAUAUCUCGUCGUUCUUGCUCAAGACAAAGUCAGAACAGCACGCGGACGUGAUGGAUCCACUUUCCAGACGAGCGAUCUCGAUCCUAUCCGAAGAGUCAAGGGAUUUGCUCAACACGCUGUUUUUGCGUUGGCGGGUCGGAAAAGCGACUAGAGAUGUGCUUACACUGCGCGCGUCGUUGGAUCUAGUUAUUGGGCGUGCUAUGCCUAUGGCUGCGUUUUUGAAUAUGUUUAGACUGAUCAGCUUCGAACCGCUAACUACAUAUACUAUGGCCCAUGAGCCAUGGACGAUAUCUAACCAAAACCUCUACCGUGAAUGUCUGAUGGCUAUAUACGACUUAUUUCUGGCCAGGCUGACAAAAGAGCUCGACAAAAUCUCAAACCUCGAACCUAUCGACAUUGCCGAAAUCCUCGCAAUGUUUGACCUCUAUCUCUUCUCCGAUGCAUAUUUCGCGCUCCAUGGAGUUCCGUUUUCUGAGACGAUUACCACGAUGGAAAAACACAUACGCGGUGCGGUCCGUCGUCACUUUAGCGAGUCGAUCGCGUCCGCGUCCGAGGACGGCUUAUGGCCCGCGCUUGCGCUCAUCAAUGGUGUACUAGAAAAUGAGAUUCUGUGGCUGCGACAGGUUUGUCGCGACUACUCAAUGCCAAAGAUGCACGGCAGUGUAAAUCUCUUGCGAUGGUCUGAAUCGUUGGAUAUCUCCCGCGUGGCGUCAUCGGAGUUUGUUCUGGCUGCUUCAGAGACGUCUUGGGAGAUUCUCAAGAACUCGAUGCUCAAGGGGAGAAGUCCAGAGGAGGAAACCGAGCAGCUUGAGGAGCUUUCUCGGUUUUACUAUUCAGCCUGCGAGCUCCGACAGAUUCAGAAAAUGCUAUCCGAAGAAACUGACCCUUCGGGCAUCGAAACUGAACUAUACCCUGUCAUUCUAAAGUCCAUCAGAUCCGGGCCCUCUUCAUUACAUCUCUCUACAAACUUCCGUCAAGACUCAUUUCUUCCGAUCGACGACCAGGCCUCGUACAGUGCGCGCGUGAUGGAGAUCGACCGGAUAUGGAGAAGCAGGCUGUCGCUCGUGCAGUCUCUGAACUGGCCGGUCGAGAUCCAGCUAGCCGCUUUCUAUGACGCCGUGAUUCGCGACUUUGCGGCGCCUGUGCGCGCGUAUUUGGAUUACCUGCGAUUGUCGUUUUCUGCGGAUCUGAACGUGCAGGAUUCGGACGCGGAUUUCUACAGUAUACCGCUGGAAGUGCGGGUUAAAUUCUCAAAUCUGAGAUUUUUGAAUGAGAGUCUACAAGAAACGCGAGACUUACUGAGAGAUCGGUUUAUGACCUCUGUCUUAGAAGCCGAAACCGAAGAAAUUGGGCAUCUGAUCAGUCCCGAUUACUGCCUGAAGUUCAAGAUCCUCGAGCUUGAGAACUAUAUUAUCUCAGCCGGCUGUCGCGCGGUCCAUAUCUCGAUCGAGACUAAAGACGCCGACUCUGGCCAGACGCGGACUGUGCAGACGCGGCCUCUGUCGACGAUCAGCGCGGCGGCGUUUGUGUGGAACGAGGAGUUUGAGCUGAGGUUUCCUAGGGAUACUGAGGUUUAUAUGUUUACGAUGCGGUUGGUCGAGCAUCUUGCUGAUGAGACGUUGGUGGAGGAGGAGUCGAAGUUUGUUGAUGUUGAUGUUCGAGAUAGUUUCUUUUAUGAAGCUUGGGACUAUCAUCUGGCGAUGCAACCCCAUGGGCUCGAGGAGGACUCAGCUCACGGGCUUGUUCGGUUACGGAUGCAGUUGACGAAAGAUAGCAAGAACCCGUCCGAAAUGUUUGACAGUUUGAUAUCGGAAAUCAAUAAUCUGGAAACGAUAUUGAUCCAAGGUACCUCCGAGCAGAUGUUUGGUACUAUCUACCGAGUUCUAUCGCUCGAUAAUCUGCUAGACUCGUCUGAAGCCGAAGACUUUGACGUCAAGAAAGAAGCAAUCUCGUCGCUUUUGAAUUAUCUCGAACUCAGCUUCGCGACAAUCACAGCCCAAGUAGGCAAACGGCUUUCGCAGCGGAUGAUGCUCACGGUGUGGGACGAAUGCAUCGAAGCGUUAAACAUCUUGCUCGACGCGGUCACCGAUCCGGACGAAAACUUGAUUGAGAAGGAGAAAACAGAUGUGGUGAAUCAGUGGCUUCAGACGCUGAAAAAGUUCUUUUAUUCGGGAGGAAGGGAUGUCCCGCUUGCGAUGCUGGAGAGUGCAAAGUUGCGUGAGAUACUGCGGAGGGUUUAUUAGAGAGUAGUAGUUUCUCUCUGGUUAGGUAGAUCCUGUGCAAUGCCCUUUUCUUUAUUUUAUGUAUUUCUUUUUGCUUUUGCUUUCGUGCUGUGUUCUGUCCUUGGGAAGGCGUUUCUCCAGUCGUUUGUUUUAUCCAUGUCCAUGUGCAAUUUGUGAUAUUCUCGGGAAAAGAAGA